UAACAAGUGGAAGAUUCGACACUGCUGGUUGGAACUCAUCAUCUUCAUCUUCAGCAUGAGUUUCAGCAAAAGCGAUGUCCUCUGGACAACAAUCAAGUAACGGAGCAUCAAUUUGAAGAUGGUCCUCCUAUUGGUUCGGCUUUCCGUCAUCGUCAUCCUGGGGAUAGAACAGGUCAGUGCUUCGGUGACGUGUCCAUGGCACUGCUCCUGUCUUCUACAUGAGCUACCGAGAACAGUAAACUGUUCCGGAUUGAACCUCUUCAACUUCCCCACAGAUGUCGACACAAGAGUACAAUGGCUGGACCUGAAAGAAAACGCCAUCCAAAAUAUACCAAACCUAGAAAAGCUUACUGCACUGGAGGUUCUGGAGCUGUCUCGGAACAGGAUAUCACAGAUUUCAACGACCACUUUUAAAAGAUUUACCCGCCUCAAAUAUCUCGACUUAUCAUAUAAUUCAUUCACGAACUUGGCGAAGAUUAACCCCAGAAUUCUUCUUCAGAAUUUAAAUAGUCUUAAAACAUUGAAACUCUCUCACAACCAUUUCGAAACCUUCACUGGUUAUGAUAACCAGAUGAGUAUAACAAGUUACUCGUUGGAAGACCUUCAGCUCAGCUCUUGUGGUAUCGUACGAUUCGAAGGGAAGGCACUGAUGGGGUUUAAAAGACUCCAGAACCUUGAUCUAUCCUUCAACCGAAUCAAGUGGCUUGAUGAUCUUUCGUCUUCAACGUUGAUAUCUCUUGACCUAAGCUACUGUGACAUCGAUUCCAUGAAUCCAAACGCUCUACGUAACUUACCAUCUCUUACCACGUUAAAGCUCUCUGGUAACAGCCAAUUUGCAGUAAAUCAUGGUAACUUAACAUCAGAGUCACUGCAAGUUUUUGAAGCUGCAUAUUGUAGCCUUACAAAGCCUGGUCUUUAUGGGUUCCCAAAUUUAACAUUCGCUAAUUUGAGAGGAAACAAAAUUAUAGCCCUGAAGGAAAGAACUUUUCUCAAAAACAAAUUCCUGGUUGAACUUGAUUUAUCAGCAAAUGAAAUAAAGGAUAUACACCCACAGGCAUUCAUAGGUGCAAGGUCACUAGCAUUUGUCAAUUUAUCUACAAAUUCGUUACAGGGCUCUCUUCCUUCCAAUACAUUUUCAACAAAUUAUAAUUUAAAGACAUUGGAUCUAUCUGUGAAUCGCCUCCAGAGUGUUGGAAAUUUAAGUAUACUGAUGCUUGAGAACCUAGACCUAAGUCAGUGUCAGAUUAGAGAUAUAGAAAAAGACUCUAUAAUAGGCUUGCCUUGGUUGACACAUCUAAAUCUCUCUCACAAUCCUUUAGACAAUAUACCAGACAACAUACAGUCAUGGUUCUUGAGAGACAUAGACCUAAGUUACUGUAGAUUAUCAUACAUCACUAACGAUACUUUUAAGAGAUUACCUGAAAUCGGAAGCAUUAAUUUAAUAGGGAACAGAUUCACAAACACAUUUAAGAUUAAUAUGUUUGAUUAUAAUGAUCGUCUCGAAUCCCUUAAACUUGCAGAUAAUCCGUGGAUUUGCGACUGUUAUUCUCAAGACUUCAAAAACUUUUGGGAAUUUUUAACAAGUUACCCGGUAAAAGUUACACAAUCAGAACAAUCUGGUAUCAAAUGUAUAUCACCAGAUUCUGUGGCUGGGAAGUCUUGGAUAUCCGCAUGUCAUCAGAUAUGGUACCCUUCUGAAGAGCAAGAAGGUUCAUUUGGAUUUACGCACUAUGGCACUGCACUUAUAAUACUGAUUAUAACCGCUGUAGGAAUAUUGACUGUAGUAGGCGUUAUUAAACAUAGCAUAAAGAAGAGAAUGAAAGAAGAACGGGAAACAACAGAGAGAGAAUUGGACGAUACUUAUGAAACUCAUUCCAGAGUUGUGUUUCAACAAAGAGAUAAUUUUGAUUUUGAAACUCCAGAUUCGCCUGAGUUGAGACUACCAAUAACCACAGAACGUGAGAGGACAGAGAGUCAGUUGACCCAACCACCCACAUAUGAAGAGGCGAUGGAAUUGCUGAGUGGAUCCAGAGAAGACAUGUUGUCGAGAGCAAGAGCAGAGAGUACUGGCGACAAUGAGGAAGACAAUGACAGAGAAAAUGAACAUUCAGAAGAGUAUUCAGAGGGCAGUGAUGACAGUGGCCCUGAACAAGGUGCUUCCAAGGCACUCAGUAAUAGUAAUAAAUUGAGGCGCAAUUCUCCAUAGAUUUAACCCUUCACUUUCAAUAGAUGCAUGCAUAGAAAGGCAGCGAAUCACAUAGCAAGCCAGAAAAAAAAUGUAAGCAUGCCAGAAUGUGCAUAAUGUGCAAGUCAAGCAAAGCGAUGAAGCCAGUGUAAAUAUUCCAGAACAUUCAUUGUUAAACCUUAACUGAGGCUUUCUACGUCCUUCAAGCGGAAGGUCAGACAGCGAAACUGAGUACGUUCGGUUCCUCCGAUGGAUUGUACUCUUCCGUUUGGAUAUUCGGUUUUAAUUAUUGAGCUGUUCUACUGAUAUUUUCGAUCGAUGUAGAAAUACUUUCCAAAUGAAGAAAGCAGUCUUCUGGGAUGUGGUACCGUGUAGAUGUGGUAUUAACCGACGUUUCGGAGGAAUGUA